GUGAAAGUGGGGGCCAAAUUGACAUUUGUCUUUCUGCUUAUUGUCUACCACAUCAAAGUGGCAGAAUCUCAGGGAGAAGGUAGUACAAUAUAUAAUCAUUUUCAAUAGUUUUACUAUAUUUAGUUCAUUUGUAAUGUUACACUAUCAUCAAGUCUACCCUUUUUUCAGUCUGCCCACAGGGAGUGAAGGCUGAUGUUGUUAUACUUAUGGAGGACUCUUUUAGCAUACCACCAAAACGCUUUAUGAUUAUGAAGAAGUUUCUGGAUACCCUGGUGCAUGCUUUUUUUGCGGGCACCGACCAUAUCAGAAUUGGCCUGAUAAAGUAUAGUAACUCACCACACGUUGUGUUCAGGCUCAAUGACCAUAUGAACAGAAGGGAAAUCCUGAAGGGUAUACCGUAUACGCUGUUCUACAACUGGGAGGUAACACAUAUAGUGGAAAGGCCUUGCAGUCUAUGAUGGCUCUGUUUCAGAAGGGUAAAGGCAGCAGGGAAAGUGAGGGUGUUCCCCAGAUUGGGAUGGUCAUCACAGAUGGACAAGCCACUGAUCCCUUUGACAUGGAAAGGUCAGCAAAGCUGCUGAGGAAACAUGAUGUUUCUUUCAUGGCCAUUGGUAUUGAAGCACUUCAAAGCAAGAUCUGUUCAAGAUCACUGGCAAUCCAGAGAAUGUGCUAUUUUUUUAUGCAUUUGAAGACAUGGAGUGCAAUGCUGGCAGAGGAGAGGGUGUACAACAAUCCGACAUGUACUUAAAGUCACUAGUGAAAGUCUACACACCCCUUGCACAGUCUUCACAUUUUGCUGCCUUAAAAUUAAAUCCAAAAAGGGAAUAAAUUAGAUGUUUCUCCUACCGAUCUACACAACCUAUAAAUAAUAAUAAUAAUAAAUAAAAUACAAAUUAAUACCAAAUAAAAAGUAGUACUGAAUUUGACCCAAUCCUGUAGUUUUUAAAGGACAUUUCUUUGCCAUGUUGUCUUGCAGUAUUACUUAACGGCCUUGUUGCAAACAGAAUGGAUGAUGUUUUAACACAUGCUUCCUUCUUUUCACUUUGUCAUACAGGCCAGUAAUGUGGACUGAAUGCAAUUUUGUUGAUCCUCUGUAUUUUCAAGUUUUGUGGUGGCAGUAUAGUGUUAUGGGUAUGCUUGUCACCGGCAGGGACUGGGGAGUGUGUCAGGAUCAAAAUAAGUAUGAAAGGAGCAAAGCCCAGAUAGAAAGUGAGAGGAAACCCUGCCUCAGUCUUCUGAAUACCUAACCCUGGGAUGUAGUUUUUUUUUCCCCUCAGCGAGUCAAUUACACAAAUGUUUAAUGCUAAAGACACACCAGGAUGGCUUUGCAAUAGCUGUUGAGUGUUCCUGAAUGGUCCAACCUCAGUCCGGACAUAAAUCUGCUUUAAAAAUCUCAGACAAGAUUUGAAUAUCACUGUCCAUCAAUUACUCCCAAACAAAUGUACUGAGCUUGAGCAGUUUGGACAAAAAUUAUGGAUAUAUGUUGCCCUGAGAGUUGUGCAAAGUUGGUAGAACCUUAUUCAAAAUGAGUCACAGCUGUAAUGGCUGCUAAAGGUGCUUCUGCCAAGUAUUAAUUCUGGGGAGUAUUUGUAUUUAUUAAUGAUCCCCAUUAGUUCCUGCCAAGGCAGCAGCUAUUCUUCCGGGGGUCCAAACAAGAUUAAGGCAUUUACACCCCCCCCAAAAUUUUUGUUUUUGUUUUACACCACUACUCUACCACUAUAUAUCUACAAUACAAAAUGUAUAAUACCACAAUACAACAAUAUUACAACAUUACAAUGUAAGUGCGUGUGUUAACGUGUGUGCAUAUGCAUGUGUGUGUGUGUGCCUGUGUGUGUCUCUUCAUAGUCCGCGUUGUUCCAUAAGGUGUAGUUUUAUCUGUUUUUUAAAUCUGAUUUUACUACUUGCUUAAGUUACUUGAUGUGGAAUAGAGUUACAUGUAGUCAUGACUCUAUGUAGUACUGUGCGUUUCCCAGAGUCUAUUCUGGACUUGGGGAUGGUGUGAAGACAUACACAAUCAAGACAUCUUCGUUAAAAAAAUAAAGAAAUACAAUUUAUAGAAUCUUUCUUUCACUUUUAAAGUGUAGGUUGUGUACAUCGGUAGGAAAAAUAUAUACUUUAAUCAAUGUUUUGAUUUAUUUAUAUGGCAACAAAAUGUGAAGACUUUGCAAGGAGUGUGUCGACUUUCACUAGGCACUGUACACCAGCCUGGAUUGUGAAUGAGUAGUAUUUACAGUUGAAGUCGGAAGUUUACAUACACCUUAGCCAAAUAUAUUUAAAGUCAGUUUUUCACAAUUCCUGACAUUAAAUCCUAGUAUAAAUUCCCUGUCUUAGGUCAGUUAGGAUCGCCACUUUAUUUUAAGAAUGUGAAAUGUCAGAAUAAUAGUAGAGAGAAUUAUUUCUUUCAGCUUUUAUUUCUUUCAUCACAUUCCCAGUGGGUCAGAAGUUUACAUACACUCAAUUAGUAUUUGGUAGCAUUGCCUUUAAAUUCUUUAACUUGGGUCAAACGUUUCGGGUAGCCUUCCACAAGCUUCCCACAAUAAGUUGGGUAAAUUUUGGCCCAUUCCUGCUGACAGAGCUGGUGUAACUGAGUCAGGUUUGUAGGCCUCCUUGCUCGCACACGCUUUUUCAGUUCUGCCCACAAAUUUUCUAUAGGAUUGAGGUCAGGGCUUUGGGAUGGCCACUCCGAUACCUUGACUUUGCUGUCCUUAAGCCAUUUUGCCACAACUUUGGAAGUAUGCUUGGGGUCAUUGUCCAUUUGGAAGACCCAUUUGCGACCAAGCUUUAACUUCGUGAUGUGAGAUGUUGCUUCAAUAUAUCCACAUAAUUUUCCUUCCUCAUGAUGCCAUCUAUUUUGUGAAGUGCACCAGUCCCUCCUGCAGCAAAGCACCCCCACAGCAUGAUGCUGCCACCCCCGAGCUUCAUGGUUGGGAUGGUGUUCUCCGGCUUGCAAGCCUUCCCUUUUUUCCUCCAAACAUAAUGAUGGUCAUUAUGGCCAAACAGUUCUAUUUUUGUUUCAUCAGACCAGAGGACAUUUCUCCAAAAAGUACGAUCUUUGUCCCCAUGUGCAGUUGCAAACCGUAGUCUGGCUUUUUUAUGGUGGUUUUAGAGCAGUGGCUUCUUCCUUGCUGAGCGGCCUUUCAGGUUAUGUCGAUAUAGGACUCGUUUUACUGUGGAUAUUGACACUUUUGUACCGGUUUCAUCCAGCAUCUUCACAAGGUCCUUUGCUGUUGUUCUGGGAUUGAUUUGCACUUUUCGCACCAAAGUACGUUCAUCUCUAGGAGACAGAACGUGUCUCCUUCCUGAGCGGUAUGAUGGCUGCGUGGUCCCAUGGUGUUUAUACUUACAUACUAUUGUUUGUACAGAUGAACGUGGUACCUUCAGGCGUUUGGAAAUUGCUCCCAAGGAUGAACCAGACUUGUGGAGGUCUACAAUUGUUUUUCUGAGGUCUUGACUGAUUUAUUUUGAUUUUCCCAUGAUGUCAAGCAAAGAGGCACCGAGUUUGAAGGUAGACCUUGAAAUACAUCCACAGGUACACCUCCAAUUGACUCAAAUUAUGUCAAUUAGCCUAUGAGAAGCUUCUAAAGCCAUGACAUCAUUUUCUGGAAUUUUCCAAGCUGUUUAAAGGCACAGUCAACUUAGUGUAUGUAAACUUCGGACCCACUGGAAUUGUGAUACAAUGAAUUAUAAGUGAAAUAAUCUGUCUGUAAACAAUUGUUGGAAAAAUUACUUGUGUCAUGCAUAAAGUAGAUGUCCUAACCGACUUGCCAAAACUAUACUUUGUUUAUGGAGUGGUUGAGAAAUGAGUUUUAAUGACUCCAACCUAAGUGUAUGUAAACUUCCGACUUCAACUGUAUAUCCAGGUUUCCUUCCCCUAAAAUUAAUGUUGAUGAUAAUUUGAAUUUCCAUUCGUACCGUAUUCUAAACAUAUACACUGAGUGUACAAAACAUUAAGGACACCUCCUCUUUCCAUGACAUAGACUGAACAGGUGAAUCCAGGUGAAAAUUAUGGUCCCUUAUUGAUGCCACUUGUUAAAUCCACUUCAAUCAGUGUAUAUGAAUGGUAGGAAACAGGUUAAAGAAGGAUUUUUAAGCCUUGACACAAUUGAGACAUGGAUUGUGUAUGUGUGCCAUUCAGAGGGUGAAUGGGCAAGACAAAACAUUUAAACGCCUUGAACAGGGCAACUCAAUUUUAGGAAGGUGUCCUUAUUGUUUUGGACACUCAGUGUAUAAUUUUUGCUAUAUUACAACAUAAUCCUAAAGAGCGGUUCUGGACUAGAAAUCAUUUUGUCUGGAGAUUUUCCUUUGAUCUUGCUUUUUAGUCCCGGACUAGGCUUAAUUGGUGUCCUGGAAAAACCUAUAAAUUAUGUUUUAAACAAUUAGGUAGACUUGCAAUUCAUGUUUGUUCUGUUAGUCUGUUCCCAGGGAGCUGCCAUUAAUAUCAUGAUUGUUCUGGAUGACAGAUCCCAGAGCAUCAGCGCUCAGGAGUUUGAGCAUAUCAAAGACUUCCUCAGAUCACUGCUGCGCUGCUUCUACCUGGGGCAGGACCAGGUUAAGUGGGCCUGGUUCCAUACAGUCGACAUAGUGAUGUGGCUGCGUUCAAUGUCAGCACUUCCUUGAACAACAACAGGGAGAUCCUAAAGCAAAUCUGGGAUCUGAAACAGUCCAAUGGUUCCGCCACAGAGACUGACCCACACCGGGAGAUGAUGAGUGAGCUUCUCAGGGAGGGGAAGGACGGUGUGAGAGGAUAACAAAUGACUAAGGUUGGGUUGGUAAUCAUGGGCAGCGAGCUCCAUGAGAAUGACAGUGUCUCUUUAGAGGAGCUGAAGAAUCAUAGUGUCUCUGUAUGCCAUCGGGGGCGCCAAUGUAUCAGUGAUGGGUCUGAUUAAAAUAUCUGGUUGCGCCAAAAAUGUGUUCUUCGUCCAGAACUUCUCAGGCCUGCAGGAGAUCUCCGAACAUGUCAGCCAGGAGAUCUGUAGCUCAGCAGAGGACAGGGGACAACUGGUUGUCCAUGUGCCACCACUAGGUAACCUGCUCAGUCCUGCAUGAACACUGUCCUUCUUAUUAUCUCAUCUUUGUCCACAGCAAUCCAAGUCUUUAUCAUAAUUACUUCCAUUGAAGAGCUGAAUCUCAUCAUCAUGUCUCCCAUGAGUAACGUUAGUAAACCCGUGUAGAUUUUGAUUGUCACUCUUCUGGUUCUUAAUGAGUUUGCCUAAUCUCUGCCAACAUGAGCUCCAAAAGUAUUUGGACAGUUACACAUAUUUGUUUUUUUGGCUCUGUACUCCAGGACUUCGGAUUUGAAAUGAUACAAUGGCUAUGAAGUUAAUGUGCAGAUUGUCAGCUUUAAUCUGAGGGUAUUUUCAUCCACAUCUGGUGAACCGUUUAGAAAUCACAGACCUUUUUGUACAUAGUCCCUCCGUUUUAGGGACACUUCUACAUUAAUGUGGAUGCUACCAUGAUUACGGAGAAUCCUGAAUGAAUUGUGAAUAAUGAUGAGUGGGAAAGUUACAGACGCACAAAUAUCAUACCCCCCAAAUAUCUAACCUCCCCUGUUAUUGUAAUGGUGAGAGGUUAGCAUGUCUUGGGGGUAUUAUAUUUAUGUGUCUGCAACAGUCUGCACUUUAACCUCACAGUCAUUGUAUCUUUAACCUCACGGUCAUUGUAUCAUUUCAAAUCAGUACAGAGCCAACACAACAAAAAAUGUGUCACUGUCCCAAUACUUUUGGAGCUUACUGUAUGUGGUUGUUCUCCUCAAAGAACAGUACGACAGACAGCCAGGUCACUCUCUACAGGGGCCAGUCUCUCUCCACUAUCUGUUCUUUGUACAUUGCGCUUCCAUAGUGCGUACUGACUCUCCUCUGCGACACAGAGAGCCGGGAUGUCUUCACUUCAACCAUGCAGAACCUGCAGACUCAGGACACAGGAGAGUAUGUGUGUGCUGUGGAAAACAGAGGAACCCCCUGCUACAUGGCAUAUCUGUCUCUGACUGUCAAUGCAGGUAAUAUACACUGCUCAAAAAAAUAAAGGGAACACUUAAACAACACAAUGUAACUCCAAGUUAAUCACACUUCUGUGAAAUCAAACUGUCCACUUAGAAAGCAACACUGAUUGACAAUACAUUUCACAUGCUGUUGUGCAAAUGGAAUAGACAACAGGUGGAAAUUAUAGGCAAUUAGCAAGACACCCCCAAUAAAGGACUGGUUUUGCAGGUGGUGACCACAGACCACUUCUCAGUUCCUAUGCUUCCUGGCUGAUGUUUUGGUCACUUUUGAAUGCUGGCGGUGCUUUCACUCCAGUGGUAGCAUGAGACGGAGUCUACAACCCACACAAGUGGCUCAGGUAGUGCAGCUCAUCCAGGAUGGCACAUCAAUGCGAGCUGUGGCAAGAAGGUUUGCUGUGUCUGUCAGCGUAGUGUCCAGAGCAUGGAGGCGCUACCAGGAGACAGGCCAGUACAUCAGGAGUCGUGGAGGAGGCCGUAGGAGGGCAACAACCCAGCAGCAGGACUGCUACCUCCGCCUUUGUGCAAGGAGGAGCAGGAGGAGCACUGCCAGAGCCCUGCAAAAUGACCUCCAAUAGGCCACAUAUGUGCAUGUGUCUGCUCAAACGGUCAGAAACAGACUCCAUGAGGGUGGUAUGAGGGCCCGACGUCCACAGGUGGGGGUUGUGCUUACAGCCCAACACCGGGCAGGACGUUUGGUAUUUGCCAGAGAACACCAAGAUUGGCAAAUUCGCCACUGGCGCCCUGUGCUCUUCACAGAUGAAAGCAGGUUCACACUGAGCACAUGUGACAGACGUGACAGAGUCUGGAGACGCCGUGGAGAACGUUCUGCUGCCUGCAACAUCCUCCAGCAUGACCGGUUUGGCGGUGGGUCAGUCAUGGUGUGGGGUGGCAUUUCUUUGGGGGGCCGCACAGUCCUCCAUGUGCUCGCCAGAGGUAGCCUGACUGCCAUUAGGUACCGAGAUGAGAUCCUCAGACCCCUUGUGAGACCAUAUGCUGGUGUGGUUGGCCCUGGGUUCCUCCUAAUGCAAGACAAUGCUAGACCUCAUGUGGCUGGAGUGUGUCAGCAGUUCCUGCAAGAGGAAGGCAUUGAUGCUAUGGACUGGCCCGCCCGUUCCCCAGACCUGAAUCCAAUUGAGCACAUCUGGGACAUCAUGUCUCGCUCCAUCCACCAACGCCACGUUGCACCACAGACUGUCCAGGAGUUGGCGGAUGCUUUAGUCCAGGUCUGGGAGGAGAUCCCUCAGGAGACCAUCCGCCACCUCAUUAGGAGCAUGCCCAGGCGUUGUAGGGAGGUCAUACAGGCACGUGGAGGCCACACACUCUACUGAGCCUCAUUUUGACUUGUUUUAAGGACAUUACAUCAAAGUUGGAUCAGCCUGUAGUGUGGUUUUCCACUUUAAUUUUGAGGGUGACUCCAAAUCCAGACCUCCAUGGGUUGAUAAAUGUGAUUUCCAUUGAUAAUUUUUGUGUGAUUUUGUUGUCAGCAACUUUACUAUUCAACUAUGUAAAGAAAAAAGUAUUUAAUAAGAUUAUUUCAUUCAUUCAGAUCUAGGAUGUGUUAUUUUAGUGUUCCCUUUAUUUUUUUGAGCAGUGUAGUACUUAUUAGGGGUUCACACCUAUUGUUAUUCUUCGAUGAUUUGUUUCCUUGACAUGGUCAAAUAGGUCAAGCAUAGAUUAACUUUUUUUUCUAUUUUGGCACACAGAAACUAGAGGCCAUGAGUAACUUGGCAAAAAGAAUGGCACCGAUUGGCCUAUAGGUGGCGCUGUUAUAGGCAGUCUCACUUAAACCCUCAUAUGCGUCGCCCCGUUUGACCUAGAGACUUGAAACUUUGUAUGUAGGUGUCUUUCCUCAUGCUGAACAAAUUUGCUUCAAGGACCCAUAAGGUCCAUCAGGAUAGAUUUUUCUCCCUCUUGGAAAUUCUGGAAAAACUUUGAAAAGCGUAUUGUCAUGAACCAUAAGUCAAAAUAAUGUUAUAUGGAGGCCCAUGGUACAUAUCUUAACUUAGUUUAAGAAAAGCUAAGUGAUUGGUUAAGAGAUGGCUGAGUUAUUUAUAAAUCAGGAAAUCCGAUUGUAUGUGUCCAUUAAAAAAAGGAAAAAAUAAACUAUUAACAAUUCACUUUUUUGACUAUGUAACACUAAUUAUUACUAAAAUUAUUCUUCUCAUGGACUAAAAGUCAGAUUCUCUCCAAAUUUGGGGUUAACACAAUAGUCAUUAAAGAGUUGUAAAAUAUAAAAUGUGUUAUAUAUUUAAAGAGUUAUAAAAUAAUGUUAAUGCAUUCAGAUGGCCACUAUACCAGUAGAUGCAUAUUAGCACAUACUCUAAUAUGCUAAAAUAUGCUAAAAAGACCCAUGGUAUAUUCCUUUACUUAGUUUCAGAAAAGGUAAGGGAUUGGUCAAAAGAUGGCUGGGUUAUUGACAAAUCAAAAAUCAAUUUGAAAAUUUUCAUCGCUAUCACGGACGUCCCUAAGAUGAACCACACUGAAUUUGGUAUUGAUAUCUCAAAAAACAAGGAAACUAUUAAGUCAUUCUUUGCAUAUGCAACACUAAUUCUCAAAAUCAUCUGCAAUCAUCUUCUCCUCAUGAACCAUACAUCAGAUUCACUCCAGAUUUUGGAUUUCAACUCUUUGCAUCAGUCUUUAAUGGUUUUGCAAAAAAUGGUUGCUGCAUUCAUAUAUAGCCGCACUGUACCUAUAGAUUCACAUUAGCAUAUAUGCUAAUGCUAAACAUAUUUUCAAAAUCUUCUUCUCAUCAACCAUAAGUCAUAUUGACUCCAGAUUUGGUAUAUAGACUCAAUGAAUUAGCCUCUAAUUAAUUUGAGAAUGAUUAGCUGCUGCAUUCAAAGACGGCCACACUACACCACUAGAUGGCCCCAUAUCACACCAGGGCUAUAAGAACUGAACCAAUGGACAUGGGGCCAUGAAAUUUGAUAUGCAAAUCUUAAAUCCUACAUGAUAGAGUGCUUGCUUUGUUAUCCAACAAAUCUUGUGUCCUUUCUGUCAUUCUGUGAACCCCGUUCAUUGCUUCUCGCAGCUAUAUUUAUAGUUAAUCUACGGAUUUUAGUUACGCUUUCAAAACAAGAUCUCAUUAACAUCUCUGUGUGAUCAUCAAGAGUGCGCUUGCUUUGUGUGUAUUGUUUCUGUUUCCAUACUCCAGGCUUCCCAGGUGUGUCAGUGAGGAGCAACAUGGUGUCUGGUAAGAAGGGGGACAGCAUCACAGCUAAGUGUCUCUACAGCGACAUCCUGGAAGAGCGUGAGAUGAUGUGGUGUAACAAUGGGACACCUGCUGCAAACCGAAGCUCCUGCCUCACUGCAGAGGGAGAACAGGCGUCUCAGGACCAUCUCAAUCUGCUUAUCGAUAGGGAGUGUAGCACUUUCACUGUGAUGAUGAGACACCUGGAGAUGAAUGACACAGACUGGCACUGAUGCAUAGCAGGAGACCAGCAUAUCCCGGUGUACAUCUCAGUCCUCAAUGCAUCUAACGCAUGUAAGCUGAUAGAACAUCACAGAUUCACUAUCACUCACAUAUCAGGCUUUGUUGUCCCCUUCAGAUGAUAAAUAAUGCUGUUGAAAAACCAUUGUACUUUUUAAAAGUUUCAUUUUCAAGAUAAAUCUAUUGAAACAAGAUAAUAAUAAUCAUACUUGUUUGUAUUUCAUGUACAAGUGUCCAGCAUGUGGUGCUUGUUAUAUAAAUCUAAUGAAGUACUUUUCCUUUCCUAUUAUAGCAAUAUCUCCUCCAACCAUGAACUUGAUCACUUUCCCUUUGGUCUUGACUGAGAGAAACGAAUGAUGAUAACCCAAGGUGAAACCAUUAUUUUGUAUUUAUUAGUGUAGAUAUACUGUAACAAAGAGGCUAAUUUGGAGAAAUGUUUUGAUGUUUUCUAGCUGGGACUGGCUGAGAUAUCUGGAUAUUCUGCUGAAAGUUGCUGUUGGCCUGGUAUUUGUGGCAUGCACCAUCCUAGCAGCUCUAGUGAUGAGACUAC